AUGCUGCAGAAGCAACCAGAAAGAUCUCCAUCAUCAAUCAAUAAUGACAAUAAUAAGAAAAUUAAGGUAGCUUCUUCGCUGACCAAAAAUGACAAUAACACCAACCAAUCAACUUAUAAUGAAUUAUCUCCACUAUUGAAUUAUGAAGAACAGUUUUUGUCAGCAACAGACUUGUCAUACAUUUCAUCUUCACAUAAUUCGAUAAUUUCCAAAGUUUAUAUUAAAAUGGAAGGGAGGAAAGCUUAUUAUAUGGAGUAUUUUGUUGGACCUGGUGUUAUCAUUAGGGUGCUAAAAGAAGAUUCAAUGAGAUGGGUUGAAAACGAUAUUGACAUUUCUACUAUCUGUCAAGAGUAUCAUACUAUGGUUAUUAAAAAAUGUGAAUUGAAAACAAUUACCAUUACUGCAAAUGAGGAGCUAGUGUUGAGUCAUAUUUUCCUGUUUCAAGAAGAACACCCAGAAGGACUUCAAGAAUAUUUCGAUGAUGAACUCUGGUCAAGUGUUUUUGUAAAGAUAAGGGAACAAUAUUCAUCCAAGCCAAUUCCUGAAACAGUGUACAAAAUAUUCACAAAAGUUAUUAAGCUUCCUUGGCUUGAGACCACUGAUAAACUUGAAAAGACAAUGUACAACAUUCUUUGGAAUCUGUAUGUUCUUAUUAAAUGUGUAUGUGUUUAUGUGGACUUGAGAAUCACAUUAACUAAAUAUGAUUAUUGUGCAUUACACAGUGCUGUUGAUGAUCGACAAUCUUCCUUCAAAGGAAAUUAUGCAGAGGACACAUUUACUCACAGUAUUGUCAGCCCGAUUAUUAAACCAUUUUUUACUAAUAAAAACACUAUAAUCGAAUGGUCAAGUAAGACGUCUAACUCAUCAAUGUGGUCAAAAAAACAGUUUGAUCCAACCUUCCAUGGUACAAAGCCAGAUCUUAUAAUCAGAACAAAUCUAAAUGAUUAUAUUGAACUGAUGUUUGGUGAAAUCAAGCCACCAAAUACAAAAGAGGACUUAAUAAAUGAAGAUUUGGUAUAUCUUGGGAAAACGAUGAAGGCUGCCCUUGAUAAAGCCAUUGAAGAUGGGCUUGAAGAUAUUGUUAUCUGUGGCAUACAAGUAGCUGGUGAGUAA